AAUCAACCCAGGCUUGCGCUGGUUUAUGGCACAUUGACUUUGCAGAGGCAAUGCCCUCUAGCAAACUCUCCGAGUAAUUGAAUCAAGUCUUUUGCUCCAGAGACUCGAAGUGCUGCUCAGUUGAGAGUCUGCGCUUCCAAGGGAAACAUCGUCGUAUCCAGGCUCUAACAGGGAACGAGGAAGAUGCUUUCUGGAGUCCAUCGUUUCAGACUAGCAGCAAUUCUAGUGCUGCUGCCAUGUUUAUUAUGUUUCAAUGUGGACGAGAAGAACAGGAUGUCGUUUAGUGGACCAGUGGAGGACAUGUUCGGAUACACCGUCCAACAAUUUGAGAACAGUGAGGGAAAAUGGGUUCUGAUUGGUUCUCCUUUGACCGGACAGCCAGCCAAACGGACUGGAGAUGUCUACAGGUGCCCUGUUGGACAAAACAAAAACACUGGAUGUGAAAAGUUCCUUUUGUCAGAAAACACAACAAUUCCUAACAUACAUGAAGUAAAGGAAAACAUGACUAUGGGAACGACGCUGGUGGUUAACCCAGAUGGCAAUGGAUUUCUGGCCUGUGGUCCUCAGUAUGGAUACAUGUGUGGAAAGCAGCAGUACAUCACAGGGAUCUGCUCCAAUGUUAGUUCCUCUUUCAAAGUCCUAAACUCCAUCGCUCCAACUGUACGAGAGUGCAAGCAGGAUAUGGACAUUGUCAUAGUGUUGGAUGGCUCCAACAGCAUCUAUCCCUGGGAACAUAUCACUGACUUCCUGGUCAAAUUUCUCCAGAACAUUGAAAUUGGACCAGCCCGGGUGGGUAUCGUGUCGUAUGGAGAUGAUGUUGGCCAUGUUUUCAAUCUCAGCCAGUUCAGUAACACAAAUGAUCUGGUAAAGGAAGCUGCCAAGAUCCACCAAAGGACCGGCCACAAAACCAUGACAGCUCUCGGCAUUGACACAGCAAGGAAAGAAGCCUUCACAGUGCAGCGAGGGGCGAGACCAGGCGUCAAAAAAGUCAUGGUGAUCGUCACAGAUGGGGAGUCACAUGACCACCACAAUUUGAAAGGUGUCAUUGAUAACUGUGAAGAAGAUGGUAUCGAGAGGUUUGCCAUUGCUGUCCUUGGCGACUAUAAUCGUCAAAAUAAAAGCAUCAGCCAAGUGAAGAAGUUUAUUGAUGAAAUUGAAUACAUUGCUAGCGAGCUAAAAGAUGAUCAUUUCUUCAAUGUGUCGGAUGAAAGAGCGCUAGUGAACAUCGUCGACACCUUAGGAAGCAAGAUCUUUGCCCUAGAGGCCACAUCAGGGACUCACACCUCCUCUUUUGAGAUGGAAAUGUCUCAGGCUGGCUUCAGUGCUCACACAUCGAAAGCGGGUGUGAUGCUGGGAGCGGUGGGCGCUUUUGAUUGGAACGGGACUGUAGUGAUGCAAGCGGACAAAGAAUUUAUUGUACCAAAAAAAAACAGCUUCCAUGAUCCUGAGGUGGAUAGGUAUGAAGGCAUGGCGGGAUACGUAGGUUAUGAUGUGCAGUCUGCAUACACAUCCAAAGGAGUGCUGUUCAUCACAGGAGCACCACGGUUUAACCACAGCGGGCGUGUCACUGUGUAUCGCUUUGAUGGAGAAAAUGUCACUAUUACACAGACAUUGAAAGGAGAGCAGAUUGGCUCCUAUUUUGGCAGCAUUCUCCAGACGCAUGACAUCGACCGUGACAAUUACACUGACAUCCUUCUGGUAGGAGCUCCAAUGUACAUGGGUCCAGAGAGGGAUGAACAAGGUCAAGUCUAUGUCUACAAACUCAAUGAGGAUGGACUCUUUGAACAUGAGAUGACCCUCAAGCCUGAGAAUCAAACAUGCUGUUCUGAUCACUCGCGUAGUAGCUGUAAAAGUGUGAAUAAGAAUGAGCCGUGCGGUGCACGAUUUGGUACUGCGAUUGCUGCUGUACCUGACCUCAACCUGGACGGCUUCAGUGACGUGGUGAUCGGAUCACCCUUGGAGAACGACCAUCGAGGAGCUGUGUAUAUUUACCACGGUUCUCAGAAAUCAAUAAAGAAGAAAUAUGUACAGCGAAUUGCUGCUGGAGGAGAUGGAGUGAGCAUGAAGUUCUUUGGCCAAUCAAUUCAUGGCAUCAUGGAUUUGAAUAAUGAUGGCAUCAUUGAUGUCACUAUCGGAGGAAUAGGAGGGGCUGCACUUUAUUGGUCUCGGGAUGUUGCAGAGCUGCUUGCAGAGAUGACCUUUGACCCAAGCAAGAUCAAUCUGCAGCAGACGUGUCAGGUCCAUGGGAAGACCACAGUGUGUGUGAAGACCAAAGUGUGUUUCAAGUAUCGGAUCAAGUCUGAGAAAGACACAAACACAGGAACUGUCAUCAGGUACAGUUUGAUGCUGGACUCUCUGAGAGUGAUUUCCAGAGGACGUUUUAAUGAGACAGAUGACAGAAGAUUGCAGAAGAACGAGUCUAUCAAUGAUGUGCUUUGCAGAGAACACACCUUCUACACGUCGGAUAAACUGGAUUUCAGAGAUCCCAUUAUGGUCACGUUGGAAUUUGGUUUAGCGGAUGAAGACAAAGGUCCAGUCCUGGAUGGGGAAUUACCGACGUCACUCAACAAGACCAUUGCUUUAGUGGACUGUGGGAUCAAUGACAAGUGUGUUGCUAAUCUACACCUUAAAGCCACUGCAAACAUCUCAAGCCUUCUCAUAAAAAGCAACCAGGAGAAAUUCUAUGUCAGCAUCAGCAUCCACAACAGCAAAGACAAUGCUUACAACACCAAGGUUUCACUGACCCACACAGAAAAUAUCAACUAUGUCAAAAUAGAGCCUAAAGAGAAGGAAUGUGAAACUAAUAAUACCAGAAUAGUAUGUGCAGUUGGAUACCCUUUCCUCAAAACUGAUAUUAUGGAAAUGUUCAAAAUCCAAUUUGAGCCCAAUCCUUCUCAUAUUCGUAAGGACAUUGUGAUCAAUGUUUCUGCAACCACUGAUAGCGAGGAGCCAGCUUCUGAACUAAAAGAUAACUUUGUGAGCAUCAUCAUCCCUGUAAAGCAUGAAGCCAACCUACGAUUCACUGCUAACAAGUAUAUGAAGGAGGACUACAUCAUAUUGAAAGAAAAGGAGACAAUACCGAGUGUUUUCAACCACACUAGUUUGAUUGGGGAUGAAGUGAAAAUCAGUUACACGAUCGAGAGAGAUCUAGAAUUGCAGAGUCCUCUGCUGCAGCUCACGAUUAUGUACCCGCAUCUCACAUCUGCAAAAAACUACCUGCUGUACUUCACAGAUAUCUCGCAUACAGGGAACAUCAAAUGUGAUGGCAGAGAAUUGAUGAACCCUUUAAACAUUAGACCUGACAAUCCAUACAAGGUGAAUCCUAAAACAGAGACCUUGAGCAUCUAUAUUUUGAGCUGUAAAGAAGUGAGCAACCCCUGCAAGUCAUUGAGCUGCUACAUCCCUCCUGCUGAUUUCAACCAGAUCAACGCCACUUUCAGAGUGUGGCGGCCCACCUUUAUCCAAGGAGAGUUUUCCAGUAUCUACAUGGCUGUUGAUGCCAAACUGGAGAACAAGAACACUGACCUGUUUGUGUUAAAUGAGAAUGUCAAGACACGAGAGGUCAAGAUUCAAGUCACCAAAGACAUACAAAGUGGAAUCCCACUGUGGAUUAUUAUUCUUAGUAUUCUUAUUGGACUUUUAAUACUGGCACUUGUUAUCUUUGCCUUAUGGAAGGCUGGAUUCUUCAAGAGAAAAUCAGUUGAAGACAUGAAGGAGGAUAUGAAGGAUUCUGAUUGAGUGCUGCAGUUCUGUUGUCCCUGUCCCUCAGGUCAACUCAUACUACACAUAGCCAAGGUCAUCGAGAUUACAUUUUAGAACCAGAGUCUCACCAAAGAUCCCACACCCAGCACUUGGGUUGACACCUUGAUUUAUCUUCAUGUGAUCACGGUAAACUUUAACUUUUGAAUUGAAUGUGAACUCAACGAACCUCUGAAACACCACAAGAUAUGUGGUGGACAUUUUGCCAAACCGUGAGAGCGUUGCCCAUCUUUUUCAGCUUUCUAGCUUUUGUCAAACAACAGAACAUCCCACCAGCUUGAAAACCACAAACCCUCUUCCACAACCCUCCUACAGCAUUCAUCAUCAGCAUAGCAAUGCUCAGGAGCCUUUCCUGGCCUUACAUACCAAAGUAUGCAGUGAUCUACAGCCUUGUAAUCAGAACCUUACACUCUUAUGAGUAACAGGUUUAUACAGUAUAUGGAGAUCUAUUCCAAUAGCUUGUUUUAUAAAGCACUGUACAGUUAUGUAUUUGAGUUCAAAGCAUUUUUUUAUUUAGCAUUUUGUGGUGGGCUUUUGAAUAAUGGCACAUUCCUUUUUGUUCAUGAAGCAGAACUUAGGUUUUUAGCACUGAUGUUUUUCACACUUUUUGUCUUCAUCCGAGAAUGAAGAGGAAAAGGUUUGUUUGUACUGUAAAUGUACGUAAAGCUCUAAGUGUAUAUAAAGUUAUGUUUGCAAUAUCACUUUAAUGAUAAAUUAAUAGCUGGAUCAAAGUUAUUGCUUCAUCAGUGUUCAGAGUGACACCUGGCUUGUCUCCUGACGUUUUCAUACAUGCAGCAUUUCUCAGGUAUUCCAGAUCGUUACAAUGUCGUUGCAAUGUCUGGAAUCAUAAAAUUGGACAGUUGUCUUGUCAAGUUCCUAGCCAUAUGUAAAUAUCAGAAAUACAAUUACUUGACUCAAAAAAGAUAUGUUAAAGGGUUAGUACACACCCAAAAAGAUAAAUUCUGUAAUCAUUUAUUCACCCUCAUAUCAUUCCCAACCUGUAUGAUUUUCUCUCUUCCGUGGAACACAAAACCAAAACAUUUGAAGUAUGUUCAAGCUGCUCUUUUCUUUGUCUUUUUUAGAGCUGGUCACUAUAUACUAAUUUCAUUGUAUGGAAUAGAACAGCAUGAGCAUUGUUGGAAAUUUCUCCUUUUGUGUUCCGCAGAAGAAAGCAAAUCAUACAGGUUUGGACCGACAUGAGGUUGAGUAAGUAAUAACACAACUUUCAUUUUUGGGUAAACAAUUCCUUUAAAUAUACAUAGAUAGAUGUUUAUGAUCCCUAAGGGGAAAUGCAGUGCGAAACAACAGAAAUAUCUGAUACAGUGUACACAAAUGCAUCGCUAGACAUACUGUACAUAUAGUGCAGUUAAAUCAUGUACAGUGCAAAACAUUAGACUAAAUUACACAUUUUGCAAAGUGUGCAGUGAAACAUGUAAUAUAAAUACAGUAUGAGUGCCUUAAUUUGUAAUGCACUGGGUCUAUGAAUAGGAAGGAAACGCUUUCUUUGCAAUUCUCUGUCAUACAUUUAAAUGAAGCUGUGUUUUGAUACAUUUCAUUACAUUUGUAUUAAUGAUGCAUUAAACCAAUGAUUUAAUAUGUUAAACAGAAACAAUGUAACAAUUCCAAUUUUUUUUAAACAUACCACUGUCUGUCUGUCAAUUUACCCAGAACAGAAGAAUGAGGAUGUACCUUAUUAGAUCAGUACCAAAUGUAGGAUGAACAUUUUCAAAUUUAUAUUGUAGAAUUUUGUGCAGCACAAAGCACCUCAAUAGGUAUUUUUGCUUGUCUGUUUGUUUGUUUGUUUGUCAAAAACACUAAUGCAAAAGUGGUAGAGAUCUUAGUGGUUUUGCUUGACUACCAGUGUGAAUACACAUUCAAAGCAAUCGGCCAGUGUUUCCAAAUUCUGCUUCUCUACUCAUCUAAUUAAAUAAAAGUUGAAUUAAUUGAAAAAUAAAUAAAUUAUGAUUCUGUAAGAAAAAAACAAGGUUAGGCAUCCAAUACAAAGAUGUGAACAAUGUUCUGCAGACUUCACAAUAUUACGUUUCAGGAAAAGAGCUUUAUUUAUUUAUUAUCCACAUAGUACUCUGUAUUCGCAUCAAGGACCGUAAUGUAAUUUAUCUCACUAUUAAAGCAGUUUAGUUUUAUUUUCCCCCCAUUCUGUGUGUUCCAUAGAAUGAUUAUUUUCCAUUCAUAUUGGUCACUGUAUUUAUAUUUGUCACAGCUAUUGUUAACUUUAACAUCCACUGUCAACAUUUUUUAUAACCAUCUACCAAUGUUUGUUUGUUUUUUGGAAUAAUUUGCAGUCGGUUCUUGCCAGCCAUGAGAUUCUAGUAUAUAUAAGAUCACAAUCAUCAGCAUUCAUGUUUCGAGCACAUCAUUUUGUUUUAAGCUAAUGAAGGAUAAUGUAAGGAUAAUGAAGCCUCACUCUCAAAUGACUUGGGCACCUGUCAGACACUCUGCUGUGAAGUUUUUAUGUAAUGCACUGGUUUGUCAUAUUGUACAUACUCUUUUCAGCACGGAUUUAAAAAGCGUUGCACAUAUUGUCAAGAAAACGUGCGGGAAAAUAAAUGCUUAUUUUGUCAUUUAGACAAUUCAAGA